AUGCUGCUUGACAGAGGCGCUGACGUUAACGUGCCAGGCGGACGCGAUGGCACUGCCCUACAGGCAGCUUCUUCAGAAGCGCAUGUGCAAAUAGUUGAGAUGCUGCUUGAACAAGGCGCUUAUGUUAAUUCGCAAGGCGGAUUCUAUGGCAACGCGCUGCAGGCAGCUUCUGCAGCAGGGGGGCAAAAGCAGGUGGUUAAGAUACUGCUAGACGAAGGUGCCGAGAUCAACGCGCAGGGAGGUCCUUACGGCAACGGGCUGCAAGCAGCUUCUACAGAGGGGCGUAUAAAGAUAGUUGAGAUGCUGCUUGAAGGCGCGAACGUUAAUGCGCAAGGCGGUAUGUAUGGCAACGCACUGUAUGCAGCAUCAGAAAGGGGCCAUGAGCAAAUAGUCAAGAUGCUACUUGAUAAAGGCGCCAACGUCAACGCACAGGGCGGAGAGUGCGGCAACGCACUGCGGGUUGCUUCAGCUAGGGGACUCGAACAGAUAGCCCAGAUGCUGUUAGAUGCGGGUGCCGAGAUGAACACGCAAGGAGGUUGUCUGGUCGUAGGCACGUCACCUUCUUCUCAGCCCUGA